UUGUUUUAUUACUCAAGGUUACAUUGACUUUGACUGUCAACGGCUUUUUUCAUGAAACCAAGUCACAAAAUAAAAAAUCCUAACGGUAUUGUCUACUCGAAAAUUGGAACAUACAAUGGCCUUAAAGAUUACAAAAUUAUUCAAACAAACUGGCAAACAAUAGAUCUCUUUCCCAAAAUCAGACAAAUUGAACCGAAAACAUACAAAAUAGAGCAACUCAAACGUCAGAAGAAAGAACAUUCUGUUUUAAUAAAAAAGAUGAAACAGUUACCUUGAUUAACCCUUCUCCUGACCUUGAUCCCAAGUUUAAAUUUCUCCAUGAAUGAUACCAAUUUUGCACCGUUCUGUGAACGUGAUCACCUUGACCAACAAAUGCGACAAGAUCGAAAAAAAUUCCGCAGAAUUCGUUGUCACUUGUCAUCUUCUGCAACAGGGGAUGCCCAAGUCGAUUGUUAGAGACGAGUUGCUUUAUCUAGCAAAUUAUGCGGAAAAGAUAUCACCGAAAUGUUCCGCCGCUGGAUUUUUUAUUAUUAAUAGAUUUAUUUUGGGGGCAUUAUUUUCGUCUGUCACUACUUAUCUGAUUAUUUGCAUCCAGUUUAAUAUCAGCGAAUCUCAAAAUUCCUAGUUUUCAAAAUCAAUAGAAAUU